AUGUGCCAGGCGGCAGAGCCCGGUUGGCAGGCAACUUGGCAGCGAGUUCACAGCAGCGCUAAUUCUCCCAGGGUGGCUAAGAAGGAGGGACUGUUUAAAGUCCGCGGUCAAUUGGUUUCGCAAAGGAAAAGGGGAGCCAAGAGGAAGCUCGCCUCUCACACACCCUUUGCAGCCUCUGUUUUUAUUUUCCCAGCUGUGCAAAGAGCAAACACCUCCAAGGGAGCGAAAACUGGACCCAAGACCAGCCCGCAGACCAGCCACGUGAGUUUGUUGGGGAUGCCUCUGGGAAUCCUGUCGUAUGAAAUCUGUGCCCUUUGCGAAAAAGCACUAACUUUUCUUCCUUUGCAGGAGGGCUUGGCUUUGUUUUCGGGCAAGUUCCAAUGUGUUUGUACCGUUCUCCGCACAGAUGGAGCACAGAUGGAAUGCAGUCUGUGCAGUUUCCACAGACGGGCCCCGAAUGUGUGGAUGUGGUGGGGAAGAGGCAGUUGUGGCUCUCCAUGCAAACCCAUGGGGUGCACGGUGAUGCGCAAACAAGCCUCAUCACCCAGUCUUGCACGGGAGCGGGGUGUGGGGGGACCAGUUGCAAAAUCUUUUGUGCAAGGUCUGCAGUUCAGCGGCAGAGCCUUAAGUUCAGCCUCUGACAUCUGAAAAACAUCCCGGAGAGCUGUUACAGUUCGGUGUAGCCAUUUCUGAGCUUGACUGGCGAAUGGUCUGACUUGAUCUGACGAUCUGACUUGGUACAGUUUACGUGGCACAUCACCUGUGGUGCAAAACAGUGCACUCACUGGCACGGCUGUGGCAUCAGGGUGCACAAAAGGGUUUGAAGGAGUGGCAUGGCUGAGCGGAAGGAUGCUAGGUUUCAAACUCCUGUGUGCUUGAAGCCUGAUGUGUGUGGCUGCUUGCACUUAGCGCAUGAGAAAGGUCGCUGUAAGCUACAGUAUAACGCGCCUGCUGCCAUCAAAUUCUAAUUUGGUGUGGGCUGUCAGACCUUUGGGUUUCAUCUGCGGGCGGCGGGGGGGACGACGACACUUCCGCAAUGCUGCAAGUGUGGGGGGAAGUCUGCCUGGUGAAAUCCAAGAAGCCAGGAGGAGAGGACUGAGCUGGAUUUUAAGUGUUGGUGAUUCUAUUCAGAAGCUUGCUUUGCAGAGACAAUGGGGAUAUCCUCUUCCCUGCCCUCCUUUAAUUCCUGUAGCAGCAGGACUGUGGUGUGGUGGUUGCUAGAGGUCACAUCUGUUUUGACCUCCUUCCUGUAGAACGAGCAAGGCCGGCUGAGAUUUAUGCACAGACCUGCUCCUUCCUUGCAAGAUCGGAGCCCAUCUAGCAGCUCAUGUUUAGUAAAGCCUUGCUUCAUUUCCUUGUAAAUAAGCUCCGUUGCAACACCUAGCCCAAACCAUGGCUUUCAUUUAGGCACAUUAUAUAACACAGCACGAAAGCCAGCUAGGUUCUCUCAGGAAGGUGUGUCUUUGUUACGAGCUUUGAGAGAGGGUUGAGUUUUGGGAAAGACUGCUUGGAUUUUGCUGCUGCAAAUGAACCCUUUCAUAGCAUGACCCAGCUUGAAGUCCAAGCUUCUUAAGCCCAUGAGCUCAAAGUAUGUUAAGCCACAGAGAGCUCCGUGGGAAGAGGCCAGCUCUGAAUCCUGGCAAAGUGGGGCAAGGGGGCUUGCUCCUUUACUGCUACUUAGGGGCUGCUUCCAUUACUGCCUACUUACCUCGUGCUGUGGGCUCCCAUGGCUAGUUUUUGAAGCCUCAUUCAUACACCGUUAGCCGCCUUCCCUAUCGAUUCUUGACAAAUUCUGCUGUGUUUGAUGUGUGUGUGUGUUUUUCUCAAGCCAGUUUCAAUCCAGCUAGAAAACUGGAUGUGGAACAAGUGGUAAUGCAGACAUUUCCUUCGCAUAUGUGCAGGUGAUGCUUCAAUGAGUAGGAGUUUUGUGGGGGAAAUUGGGGGGCAGGGAAACCCCAAAAUGGUCAUGUGGGGUGUGUGUGAAGACACAUCUGCCCCCUCUUUGAUGUGAACAUCGCUUUGCAAAUGUAGCUUGAAAUGCAUCUGGGGUAGGUGGGUGUGUGAUCUCACUAAUGGACACACACUCUUUAACCAGUUUGCUUAAACAUUACAGAACUGAUGGUUACCUGCCUAGAUAUCUGGGAGCAGAGCAGGCAACAAAUAGAUCAUGGGGUGAAUGUGAAUAUACCCUUACAGAAAAGUAGAAUUUUUCUGAUGCAGGUUUUUUGCAGAGGUAGACCCUGUGCUAAGGUGAGCAUCUGCAAGUCUUCACAUCUUCCACUCCAAGGCAUACCAAGGGGUUGGCGAAACCAGCCCCUGCUUGGUGGAACAGCCUCCCUCCCCAAAAUCACCUAUGGAGUUGAUUGACAUAUAGGUGUGUGGCGACGUGCUGCUGCUCUCAUGGCGAGAAGCAGCAGAAGCUUCCCAUCCUUUUCACACUGUGGCACAAAAGUGUGCAGUUUUGGGGGGCUUUUCUUUCUUGCCUUGCCCUCACGCAAGAUGCUUCGAGUAUUGUACUUGGGCCAUGUAAAAUAAAGUGAUUCCUACUGUGGCUAUUGCAGUAAAGUGAUUUUCCCCCCCUGGUGGGUCUGCCAGUACAGCUCCUUGCCAGGGGUGCAGGGGAUCCUAGAUGUGCCUUUGCUUUUACUUAAUAAAUCAUUGGUAAAAUUUGCCAGCCAGCCCUUUAAAAAACAGCUGUGUAAUGGGCACAUGUUCCAUGGUUCCCAUACCACCAUGCAGGUGGAAUGAUGGGGCAAGUUGCUGAAGAGUCAAGAAACCUGAGAACAUAGAAAGUUGCCUUCUGCAGAGUCCGCCCAUCGAGCUUAGUUUUCUUGACUUUGACUGGCAGUGGGGUAUCUCCAGGAUGUUGGUCUGGAGUCAAAUCAAAUCAAAUACCUUUAUUGUCAUCACAGUAUAAAACAUUUCAAGUCACUGGGAUAAUUAAAAGGACAAGGGUGAAGCUGCCGAGGGUCAUAAGGUCACACUGUGAUCGUGUGCACUUAGAUAUUCUGCUUCACCCUUGGUCAGGAGUCUUUUCCAGCAUCAACUGGGUUGAACCAGGGACUUUAUGCAUGCAAAGAGGACUGUGACAGACUGUUGGUCCACCUAGUUGAGGUGUCUGUGCAGAUUCGCAAUAAUAAUAAUUUAUUAUUCAUACCCCAUCCAUCUGGCUGGGUUUCCCCAGCCACUCUGGGCGGCUCCCAACAGAAUAUUUAAAACAUAAUAAAACAUCAAACAUUAAAAAUUUUCUGAUGCAGCUUCCUUCAGAUGUUUUCUAAAAGUCAGAUAGUUGUUUAUUUCCUUGACAUUUGAUGGGAGGGCGUUCCACAGGGCAGGUGUCACUACCGAGAAGGCCCUCUAUCUGGUUCCCUGUAACCUCACUUCUCUCAGUGAGGGAACUGCCAGAAGGCCCUUAGAGCUGGACCUCACUGUCCAGGCUGAAUGAUGGGGGUGGAGACGCUCCUUCAGGUAUACUGGGCUGAGGCCGUUUAGGGCUUUAAAGGUCAGCACCAACACUUUGAAUUGUCCUCAGAAAUGUACUGGGAGCUAAUGUAGGUCUUUCAGGACCGCUGUUAUAUAUGGUCUUGGCAGCCACUUCCACUCACCAGUCUAGGUGCCGCAUUCUGGAUUAGUUGUAGUUUCCGGGUCACCUUCAAAGGUAGCCCCAUGUAGAGUGCAUUGCAGUAGUCCAAGCGGGAGAUAACCAGAGCAUGCACCAGUCUGGCAAGACAGUCUACGGGCAAUGGCUCUUCGGGGUUUUAGGCAGGCAGCUUUUCCAGUUCCACCCUUACCGGAAGGGAGAGCUUCUCCCCCACAUCCCACCAUGCAGAUGGAAUGAUGGGGCAAGACAUUAGGAAACUGGGGGGGGGGGGGAGGUAGGGGGUUGAGAACUGCCAGCCCUACCAGAAGGGGAGAGGGAGAGAGACAACAGUGUGAUACAGCAGCAAAAAAAAGCUAAUGCUAUUCUAGGCUACAUCAACAGAAGUAUAGUGUCCUGAUCAAGGGAAGCAAUAGUCCUGCUUUAUUAUGCCACACUUGGAAUACAGUGGUACCUCAGGUUAAGAACUUAAUUUCUUCUGCAGGUCCGUUCUUAACCUGAAACUGUUCUUAACCUGAAGCACCACUUUAGCUAAUGGGGCCUCCUGCUGCUGGCAUGCCACCGCUGCACGAUUUCUGUUCUCAUCCUGAAGCAAAGUUCUUAACCCGAGGUACUAUUUCUGGGUUAGUGGAGUCUGUAACCUGAAGUGUCUGUAACCUGAAGCGUCUGUAACCCGAGGUACCACUGUACUGUGUCCAGUUCUGGGCACCACAAUUUCAGAAGGAUCUUGACAAGCUGGGAGUGUGGGCAAAGGAGGGCAACCAAGAUGAUCAAGGGUCUGGAAACCAAGCCUUAUGAGGAACCGUUGAGGGAGUUCGGCAUGUUUAGCCUGACAAAGAGGAGACUGAGAGGAGCUACAACGGCCAUCUUCAAAUAUCUAAAGGGCUGUCACAUGGAAGAUGGAACAGGCUUGUUUUCUCCUGCUCUGGAGGGUAGGACCCAUACCAAUGGAUUCAACUUAUGUGAAAGGAGCAGGCUCCCACGAGAGGUGGUGGCCUCUCCUUCCUUGGAAAAGCAGAGGUUGGGUGGCCUUUAGCUGGGAUUCCUGCAUUGCAGGGGGUUGGACUAGAGGACCUUUGGGAUCCCUUCCGACUUUGCAAUUCUAUGAGUCUACGAGAGUGUCUGUGCAUGUGGAAAGAGAGAAAGAGAUUCCAGAUGGAUGUGUUUGCGUGGUGGGUGGAUUAUCAGCGCAACAAAAGUGGCUGCUGCGUUUCCACUUCAACCCAGUUUGUCCUGUACAUAUUCCUGUCAGACCCGAAGAUUUGUUUUGUUCCACGGUUUUUAUCUUUCCUAAGACGUUAUCUCUCCUUUCAUUUCCGGCCCUGGGCAAGAAGCAUCUUCAUAGGCUGGGUUGCGGCCUAGAGAGCGAGAGAGAGAAGUCUCGAUUGCUGUUGCUGCUGUUUCUUUUUAAAGGAAAAAUAUGCACCACACUCCAGCCACUUCCCUCCUUUGCUGAGGCUCCUUUAAGAUUCAGGGCUGGGUGCUUGCAGCAGGCUUCGUCAGGCGACCUACCAGGGCCCACCCAGUCGUUCCCCCAACCCCACUGGCCUCUGGAGCCUCCUGGCCCUGUUCUUCCUCUGCUUGACCCUUCUGAACAAAAACAAGGGGGGGGGAGGACAUGCAUCUGUAUCCUUCCCUUCCCUUUGGGUAGUUUUGUUGAUUUGGCACUGGGGGCGAGGGCUGGCGAUUGGGCCGGAUGGCAUGGCGAGGAGGAGGGGACCCCACAGAGAGUUUUGUGUCCAGCAGUGACCAGGCAGAAUCCCACCACUGGAGCAUGAAGGCAGCAACCCUCACCCCCAAUUUGCCCCCAGCAAUGGGUAGUUAGAGGUAGAGUGCCUCUUAACGUGGAGGUUCAGUUUCAGUAUCGUGGCUGAAAAGGGUUAAUAGACUUAUUAUGUCUUCCUUUUUUUUUAAAGUGAUGGGUGAGGAACCUUAGGCCCGAGGUGUCUGUCAAGGCCUUCUAGGCCCUCCAAACUCUGCCCAGGCUACUUUCCUCACUGACUUUGCUUCACACCCUCCUGGAGUGUCUUUGCUUGGCUGGAAUGUGUCCUACAACUCUGAUCCUGCCUUUUGCUUGCCUCAAUGGAGGAUAGAAAAGUGGUGUGUGUGUGUGUGUGUGUGUGUGUGUGUAUGUGUGUGUGUAAACUAGCCUGCUGUAGAAAGGUAGACAAACUACCCUAGAAGCAUAGGAGCCAAUGCCUAGGGGCCGUGAGUGCUUCGGCCUCCACAAUAAAGAAUUUGAGGGAGCUGGGCCCCCACAAAGUUGAUGGGCAUUCCCAUUCAAAUAGUGUGUAUGCUCUGCAUCAUGUGAUCAAUUAUGUGGGGUGGGGCUUACCUGGGCCCCCACAGUAUUUUAUUCAAGUUAGCACCCCUGCCCAGAAGGAGCGCGACAUGUCCCCCACCAGAGGUACUACCCCUCCCCUAAUACCCUUUAUAUUACAAGGAAUAUCCAAGGUUUCCUUCCACUGACUUGCAUCCUUAGUCCCUCUGUCUCAUCACUGGGCUGUGCAUUAACUGCAGCCCCUCCCUGGGGUCAGAGGCAAGAGGCUCUUUCCUAUCCUUGAAAGCAGUAUACAAUUAUGCAUGGUGUGCAGCUGGAUCAGUGAAGAGCCCGGAAGAUAGCUGGUUGAUUUUUUUGUUUGUUUGUUUACCCCCCCCCCCCUUUCUGGAAUCUGAUCCCCAAGGGCAAAGAAAUUCAGGUAUUAAAAAACAACAACAUGGAUCUUACCAGUAAGAAACUGUACUAAUUCUCUCUGAAAGUAAAGCUUGUGGUCAUAGAAUCGGACAGUUAGUUAUCCUUGGCAAUCUAUAAUGUGAAUAUAUUGCUUUGCAUUUCAGAGACCUACAUUUCAUGAUGUGAAUGUGGAGGGGUCCGCGCACUCAAAUCUCCCCCUGAAAAGUCCCAGCUGCAAGUCCUCACAGUGGACGAAGAAGGGCCACUACCUCUGUAAUCCCAGCCAUCGGUCGUAUGAUGAACUAAUCAGUCGGGCAGGUGAUAACCUUGUGAGUUGGAUACAUCUUGAAAGGGGACUGAAGAAAGCCUUUUAAUCUUGGCAUCUUGUUGUGGAAGGCAAGGGGGGGGUCCUGUUCCCCCAUUUCCUUCCCUUCCAAAUAUACACGGAUCUGUCAAGCUCUUUGGUUGGAUUCCCAGGUACAAAAUGCAAUAAUGGAAGGUCCCUCCGGCACAACAGAGAGAACUCCCAGCAUGGCAGGGUGGGGGCAGUUCUGGAUUAGCCCUCCCCCAGAUGCAGUUGUCCGCUAUGUUCAUGCAGAAGGUCGCUAGUUCAAUCCCUGGCAUCUCCAGGUAGGGCUGAGAGAGAGAGAGACACCCCUGCCUGAAACCCUGGAGAAUUAUUUAAUUAUUCCUAAAAAAACAACCCAUAUUUCACAAGAAAUACUUGUAACGCAAGAAACUCUGCCAAGUAGGCAAACCAUUUCAGGCACCCCAUAACAAAUAAAACGCAGGCGAAAGAACAGGCAACAUCUUUCCCAAAAACAAACAAUCCCUCCAAAAAAAUUAAAUUAUGUUUUAUUUGUACACAUAUAGAUACAAUAUUGUACUUCUUUUGUAAUGAUCUUGUCUUUUGGGCAAAAAAUUUAAAAGGGGCUUUUCUGGUGCCAAGUUGGUGUCAGAGGGUACAGAGGUGCCCACAGACUCCACUUUGGGGACCCUAGCAUUAGUAUCAAUAAAGCCUUUGCAGCUGCUCAGGUCUUUAGGAGAGGGGGAAAUUGAAACAUCAUCUGCCUGUGCAAUACACGAGUGGUCUUUGUGUGAUGAAUUGCACUUCAGUUUCAGUUGAAUAUUGCACGUGCUUGAUUUUGUUUAUUUGUAAGCCGCCAACAAACGCGGGGAAGGCUAAAAAUACCGAGUCGAAAAAUGCAUAUAUAUAAUUAAAGUAAUUAUCUUCUGCACAGUGGGCUCUUCUUCCUCGCUCCCCCAAUAAAAACAAGCACCUGCUAUCCCUUUGCAAAGAAUCUGCAGGUGGUUUGGGGAUCCAGGAUGCUUAUGUUGCCCGUUCAUAACUGGGCAUGGAAUUGUGACUCGGGGAAAACAUGAUUUACUCCGCACGCUCAGUGUGAAGCUUGAUCAAAGGAAACUGCCGGGAUCAGAUCAUUCGCCUUGUUCUGGGCGUGUCGGGGACAAGGGCUGCCUUCAUGAGCUGCUCUAAUGCCUUGUUGGCUGCUACAGGGAAACAUCUGGCUGGGCGGCAGAUUUCGUCGAAGAGAGGGCGAUGAAUUCAUGUUCUUCUUUCUCUCUCAGCAGCCACACGAUGAGCCCCCUGUGGGGGAUGAGCACCCCCAUCUGUCCGUCGGUCCGACCCCCACAUCUGGAACUUGAACCGGGAAUCUCUCGCAGGUCCUUUCUGCACGGCUGACGCUGGAGAGAUCUCAAGAGCAGGAGCCCCUGGACCGCUGCUGGAGGUAAGCCGUCGCUAUGGCAACGCCAGGGAUGUUCGCGGAGCUAGGCUGGCUGUUAUGACACAGGGAUAUGCUUUGACGGAGGGGGUUUUCCUCUCCGCACGGCUGGGAAGAGCAGGUCGGUUUUGUAGCAACCGCAACUGAACCUGAUCUGGGGAGAGUCUGGCGUUGUGCUUCCGAUACAACCGAGCCAAGACAAUGGAGAUCUGGGUUACGCUGAGCCACCAGGUAACAUUUGCCCGUCUGAAAGCCAUAAUUUCUCGUGGAAUAAUGAGAGGCGUGUGAGUGAGAACAUGUGUGUCUUUGGUUUGGCGGGAGCUUCCUUGUUGAAAGCAUCAGAAGCAGACACAGAGCGUAGAAGCUUUGCUCUCUUUCCCCCUUCUUGUUCUGAGUGGGCUUCCCAGCCAGGAAACCCUUUAGAGAUGUAAAUGGAGUGAGACAGGCGUGGAUACCCGGCUUUUUCCGACUUUGCCGGAGCCCUGUAAACGAAUGAACCAAUUCCACACCGGUUCAUUUGCAAAGAUCUAACGAGGAAGAAUUUAAAUGCACGUGCGUCGCAUGUCGGGGAGUUUCCCCACACGUUACGUUCAGUUGCGAUUGUUGCAUGAAAUUAAGCAUCGGUGGAUUUUCCCCUUCCACUGUCUCUCUGCAUGAUAUUCUGGGUGGAUUCCGAAGGAAGCUGGCUUUCCAUUUCAUGCUUGGGUAGCCGGAGCUGGAAUUGUGAGGCAGGGGAAUGAAGGAUGCGGAGGAGAGGAGCAGGUUUAAUUUGAUAAAGGCUGGGGCUCCUGCAUCUGGUCGGAUGUGGGAAAAUGAAGACAGAGCUGAGUCUGGAAUCUUUCUUCCCUGUGCUUGCAGGAAGGAUCCAGCUCUCUCAGCCACAUGGUCUGAGAUGGUCAAGUAAAGCUGUGUGGGGUGUCAGAUAUGUGGGUCAGAGAGUGGGUACAUCUAUCUAUAUCUAUCUAGAUCAAGCAUCCCCAAACUCAGCCCUCCAGAUGUUUUGGGACUACAACUCCCAUCACCUCUAGCUAACAGGACCAGUGGUCAGGGAUGAUGGGAAUUGUAGUCCCAAAACAUCUGGAGGGCCGAGUUUGAGGAUGCCUGAUCCAAAUAUAAAAUUGUCAAGCACUGCAGUCAGUGGGGGCAGACGAUGCAGACUUUUAUAUGGGGCAGAAUUCACACCAGAGACGCCUGAGAUGAAGUGUAUGUAUGCUGUGGUGGGGGGAAACCAGCACAAUCUGCCCCCCAAAUUCUUUUAUGGAGGGAAGGGCUCUUGGAACAAGGGAAAAUCUGACUGUCCUGUUGACCAAGAAGGAGAGAAAGGGGUACCUGAGCCAGCCCUAUCCAAUAAUCUUCUGGGACAUACUCUGUGCUCUUGCUUUGCACAAUGCCCCCUGCCCUUGAACUCUAUACUUCCUCAGAGCCCUUUAUGGGCUUUGGGCUGAUUCAAGCAACAGUUUGUGAACCAGGUUCUAAAAGCCUCUUGGUUCUAAAAGACUGUAGUGUUGGCUAUCAGGAUCAGUAAUUGCAGGCACCAGCAGAGAGGUGUUUCCAGUGCUCUCAGUGCCCUGGCAGGAGAAGCCAGGCCUUGCUACAUCAGGGAAGGGGUAAGAAUGAUAGAGUUGGAAGUGGGGCUUCCCACAGGUGGGGAGGGCGGCUGCUACAGGCACUUCCGACUGGCUCACAAGCUGCUGUGUGCAUUGGCAGUUGAAGUGAAGCUAACAAGGAGCUUCCUCAGGCUUUGCCUGGAGGUUACUCAUUUCCAUUCCCCUCUUUGCUGGUGGUGGAACUGAAACUUGAAAUUAGUCGGUUGGUCAGUCGAAUCUGGUAGUUUUGUAAGUCUCAAACGUGUCGUGAGCCCUGACUUGGGUCUAUUUUCAUAACUCAAACAGAGAUAGAUUAUGAACUGAAUAUUUUCCGUGCUUGCAUGGUUGCAGGACGAAGAGCAGAUCAACACCAUACUUUUAAAGCACAUCGAAUGCACCUUCAAAGCACAUGGCUUCCCCCAAAGAAUCUUGGGAACUGUAGUUCCCCCUGCUUGCAGAGCUACAGUUCCCAGCAUUCUUAACAAGCUGCAGCUCCUAAGAUUCUUUGGGAGGAACCAUGUGCUUUAAAUGUGUUUUGGAUGUGUAGUAUGGAUCUGCCCUAAGCAGCCAGCCCCCACUACCAUUGCACAUGCUCAGUUGUUUGCUACCCUUUAAUUUCUAAAGGAAAUGAAACGUCCCAUUUGCACAUGAGGGGUGUUGGUUUCGCUUGAACUAUUUGCCAAAGGGAGCCAAUCCAUUUGAGCUGUGGCUCCCUGCCAAUCUACCGUUGUAAACCUGCAGGCCUCCAGGCCUCUUGAUUCGGCCCUUUUCCAGGCCAUGCCCUUUCCUCAGACCACACCCCUUACCAGCCCUGUUCUACCCCAUCCUCACGUGCUUUUGCCUGGCCAGAAUGUGCCCUUGAGUUGCGGGAGCGUCUCACUGCCCUAAGGCGAAGGCUGGACAAACACCUGACUUCAGCUGAGCGUAGGGCAAGAGCCACAUCCGUAGCUCCACCCACUUUUAGCCUCUUGCCUUAAUAAAAAUAAAAAUAAUAAAAUUUUAUUUAUAUCCCGCCCUCCCGAGCUGAAGCCGGGCUCAGAGCGGCUAACAAUAAAAGUAACACAGCAUUCUAAAAUCAAUUCAUUCUAAAAUCAUUCAAAAUCAAAUUAAUGGCAACCAUUGGGCUAGAGUUCUGUGAGGAUUACCAAAGGAGGGGGUCAGACUGUGCCUUAGCCAAAGGCCUGGUGGAACAGCUCUGUCUUGCAGGCCCUGCGGAAAGAUGUCAAGUCCCGCAGGGCCCUAGUCUCUUCUGACAGAGCGUUCCACCAGGUCGGGGCCACAGCCGAAAAAGCCCUGGCUCUGGUUGAGGUCAGCCUAACCUUCCUGUGGCCCGGGACCUCCAAGAUGUUUUUGUUUGAAGACCGUAAGGUCCUCCGUGGGACAUACCAGGAGAGAUCGUCCCGUAGGUACGAGGGUCCUAGGCUGUAUAGGGCUUUAAAGGUUAAAACCAGCACCUUAAACCUGAUCCUGUACUCCACCGGGAGCCAGUGCAGCUGCUAUAGCACCGAGUGAAUGUGAUCCCACGGCGAGGACCCGUUAGGGUUUCUGGGUCAGUCUCAAGGGCAGCCCCACGUAGAGUGAGUUACAAUAAUCAAGUCUGCCUUGCCCCAAACUGGCAAGUAGCCCCCAGACGGCUGCAGAGGAGGGAAUGUGGCCCUCAGGCUGGAAAGCACAUGUAAUAAUAAGCAGUCCGGGAAGGGUGAAUCAGGAGAUGUGACGCUGCAACACGAGGGGAGGAAAAGAGCAGCAUGUGAUGCAGCCUUUGCAAGAUGCAUUUGGGUAACGCAAGCACGAAGCUCCGAAGAUACUUUGAAGCCCUCUAAUAGGAGAGGGUUUUCCUCAUGGUUUAUUAUGCUGGAUUUGUAACGCAGUGAGCAAAUGGUGAGGAGGUUGUUUCGCUCAUCCCUUCUCAUUACAGAGCUGAGCGUUCUCGCUCUCUUCUGUGCAGGAUCUGCCCAUCAGCUGCCUUUUCCCCCCUUCAUGGGAGGGGGAUGGAGAAUAACAGGGGCUUUUCCUCUGCAAGAAGGCCAUCCUUCCUUCCAUUAUGGAUACAUUACUAUCUAUUCUAUGGGUAUAACAACCAGCAUUUGUGCAUCGUAUUUUAGAAGUGCAGCAGGCUCCUGUCACUCUUACACCAGUUCUGGUCUUCCUGUUAUCCCCAUAUUCCAGGUGGAAGACUGAGGCAUAGUUCCCAGUGCAAGGGAACCUUGUUUGUAGCAGAGGCAGGGUUGCCAACAUUUUUAUUGGCCCUUGUUCCUCUCCCUUUAGCAGCAGAAAUUAAAUAGCUGCUGGCAUGCUGAAAUCUAGCAGGCGGACCUCUUCCUGGCAUGGAGGUUUUCAAUGGGGAAAGGCUUCAAACCUGAUAAAUUGAUGCAUCCUGACAGCUGCCAAGGGCGCAAAAGGGGAGCCAGAUUUCUUCUUUUUGCAAGACUUGGCAUUUGCACCAGGGGACUCUGAAGUUUGUGGCCACACUACCAAGCCUUUUGAAUCUGAACUUGCAGGAAUACCCCCCGAAGGCUAAAAAUACACUAGCUGAAAACUUUGAGCUGAGCCUUGAUGGUUUGCCCUGGGAAGGAGGAAUGCCUUUUAACGUCCUUUCCUGUGGCAGGGGCCCAGCCCAAAACAAUGGCAAGUGGUUCAAAAUGCUGUGCGGCCCUGUUUCUCGGCCAAUGGUGCACGGCAGACUGUGAAAUCCGGCCGGGGCUAACCUAGUUUUCCUGCGUUACUACAAGGAACUUUCUGUCUUGCUUCUGGGACAGGCUCUGCUCCCUUCCCCCCGCCAACCUCUGAGCUCCCCCCCCCUGCCUUCCAGACAAUGUGCUCAGCAAUUCACAUCCUCCAUGAGGCCUUCUCAGAGGAAAAGCAGUGGCUGGUGUGGGGCUGGGUUGCCGCCAAAGCUCAGGGCGUUUGGCCUUCAUCUGACAAGGAGCACAAUGCAAACCCCUCACCCCACUUACGGUGUCAGAGAGAUGGCGAAGUCUGGAGUCCGCGCUGUUCCCAUCCAGGUGGACACUGAGUUAGGGAUGCUUCUGAAAUUCCCCUCAUCUGACUUUUGGAUUGGAUUGGAGAGUUCUGGGUGCAUUAAAAACACUCCUUUUGUCCUAUUUAUAUACAGUGUCCAAACCAUGCUCAGUCUGCUAUCCCUUUCAGUUCCUCUGGGACUUUCUCCCCCAGUCCUCUGAAAGUGCAUGUUGCAAUACACAAAACACCGACUCUGGACAAGGGCCGUAGCCCAAUGAUCUGGGAGAGCAUGAGACUUUUAAUCUCAGGCUUGUGGGUUCAAGCCCCACGUUGGGCUAAAGGUUACUGCAUUGCAGGGGGUUGCACUUUCGUGGUCCCUUCCAACUCUACAAUUCUAUGAUUCUGUGCAGGAGGGCCUCGGUUCCAUCCCCAAUGGCAUCUCCAAGUAGGGCUUGGGAAAAGUCUCUGUACAAGUCACUGCCACCCAGUGCAGGCACUACUGAGCUAGAGGGACCAAUGAUCUGACUUGGUAAACAGCUUCCAGACCAUCUUGGUAUGAGGACACUGCAACCACAUCAAAAUUCAUUGGGUGCAGUUUAAAAAAAAAAAGCUGCAGCUGAAAAGUUGUGGCACAGGGUCCAAAUCUGGAAUGAACUUGAGAAAUCAUUCUAGUUCAACCAGCAUUUGAGAGGCAUGGAACGCUGGGCAGAUCAAGAAAGGAAUAGGUUGCAAAUUUGCCGAUAUGCAUGUAUAUAUUCUCAUUUGACUAAGGCUGGAGCGGACAGAAACAUUUUUUCUUUACCCAGACAAUUGGAAGCAGUUUGAAAUAGGAAUGACUCUGUGUUCAUGGUUUGUGCUGGAAGGGUUCCCAAGCUUUAUUGCACCCGGAGGCAUAUUUUGAAAUCUAAGGAGCUGGUGUGGGCUGCUGCCCAUUUCACGGACAAAAAAAAAUCUUGUGAUACUCAGGACCCUUCCCCCAAAGCAAAGCACUAUACCCCACCCCCUGCCCCAAAUAAAGCACAGACAAAACAGCAAGCAACACCUCCCCCGAAAGAUUGCAUUUGGUCCCUGGACUAAAUGCCCUCAUUACUAAAUGCCCCUCAUUUAGAAAGUCUCUGCAUGCAGAAAUCUAGCCUGCCAUGUUCCAGCUUUGCCUCUUCCCUGAAGCACUUGUUUUCUGUGUGUGGGGAGGAAUUCUUUGCAGAGAGUGUUCCAUCAAAUGAGAUCUUCCCCCUCUUCAUUCAGAAGUGGUACAGCUUGGACACAGGUUGAGAACUCCAUGAAAAUGAGACUCAAGUGAGAAGGAGAUAUGGUGAAUGCCUGACUCUGUAGAGCAGGAGUGAGGGACCUUUAGCCUGCCAGAUGAGGCUGAACUAAAACUCCCAUCAGUCUCAGGAAGCAUGGGCAAUGGCCAAGGAUGAUGGGAGUUGUGGUCCAGCAACAUCUGGGGAAGCCUUAGAUUCCCCACACCUUCCGUAGAAUGUACUAGUCGAGAGCAAUGGAGUUGAAAUGGGCAGUGUCAAUACCAUCUGUGGAACUCACCUUCAAGAGUUAAAAGAAAGUCCUUCUUCACAAAGCACUUAGUUAGACUAUGGAACUCCCUCUCACAGGAGGCAGUGGUGGCCACUGACUUGGAUGGCUUCAAAAGAGGAUUGUUCAGAUUCAUGGAGGAGAGUCGGCUAACGAUGGCUCCUAGCCAUGAUGUCUAUGCUCUGCCGCCACAGUUGGAAGAAGUAAUGCUUCUGAAAACCAGUCACUGGAAGCCGCAGGAGGGGAGAAGGCUCCCGUGCUCAGGUCCUGCUUACUGGUUUCCCCUCACAUCUUUGGUUGGUCACCAUGAGAACAGGAUGCCAGACUAGAUGGGCCAAUGGCCUUAAGUUCUUAUUCUCCACUUUUCCCUUGAUUUCGCUAACCAGCCAGGUGCAAAAAGCCACAAGAGCGAGUUUCCUCACAAGUGUUGAGAACCUUUUGAAUGUUCUCCAAGGAAGGGACGCUCCUCCACCCCUGCAAAAAAAGGGGGGGAAGUAUGGUAUAAUAGAGUCUCAUGACAAAAUAAUUACAGUGUUCGAUCAAUUCCAGGAGAUCUGCAUUGGAGCCAAAACUGAGACACACGUGAGUGGUGAUGGGCACAAUUAGUUUUAGCCUUGAUAAAGUGCGUAGGGUGAUCGUUGCUCCAUCCGGUUUCCUCUACCUGGGAGCAGCUCUACAGGGUCUUUUUUUUGUUUUGUUUUUUUAAAGCCUUUCCCCCAGAUGUGUUCUGUGAAAUUCUUUCACCCACAGAUGCCCAUCCUGAGACCUUCUGCAUACAAAUCCAGCAAUCUACAGCUGCACCACGGCUCUCUGCAAAGGAUCCUUAUAUACUAAAUAAUGAUGAUGAUGAUGAUGAUUUAUUUAUACCCCAUCCAUCUGGCUGGGUUUUCCCAGCCACUCUGGGCAGCUCCCAAUAGAAUAUUAAAAACACAAUAAAACAUCAAACAUUAAAAACUUCCCUAAACAGGGCAGCCUUCAGAUGUCUUCUAAAAGUCAGAUAGUUGUUUAUCUCCUUGACAUCUGAUGGUAGGGCGUUCCACAGGGCGGACCCCCACUACCGAGAAGGCCCUCUGCCUUCUCGCAGUGAGGGAACUGCCAGAAGGACCUUGGAGCUGGACCUCAGUGUCCAGGCUGAACGAUGGGGGUGGAGACGCUCCUUCAGGUAUACUGGGCCGAGGGCGACACCCCUACCUGCCGAAUUCCUCUCGCCAGGUCCCAAGAUCACCACCAGGUCUCUUGAGGCUCAAUCUUUGAGAUUCCUGAGACGGAGCUAAGGGCGGGGUCUCAGUUUUGGGGGACGAGCCUGAUGGGGCGUAGCAGCAAGUAGCACUUGCACUCUCAAGGGAGGCGCUUGGUGGUGAUGGACAUGAAGUGAAGAGGGAAAGCUCUCUGACCAAGCAGAGAAUUGCCUGUUCCCUUGGCAGUAUACCUAAGGACUGGUCCCUGAAUUGGUGUCAGUAGUGCUCUUGUGCUGAACCGUCUGGAAUGCCAGAGGAUCUGGGUGCCUGCCGACCUAUUCUCCCACAUGGUGCCCUCCCUCCCCACCUGUCUUUCUUCCCCAUAUUUGAAGCACACCCAUGUUUUUGUUUGCUUGUGUUGUGCUGAUGGAUCCACUACUGUUGAAACUCCCAGGGUUGGGUUGAACGAAAGAUUUCCCCCUAGCUGAGAUAUUUCUUCUGAUAACCUGCUAGGUGAGAUACGCCUGCCCACCUAAGCCCCACCUUGGGGUGCAGUGAGUGGAGGCAUUCCAGGCGAGGUUCCAAAAGAGAGCAUGAGCCAGUCAACAUAACGGCACUUAUUUAUUUUACUGUAUUUUGUAAAAUUUGUACGCCGCUUAAUUGCAAGGGAAAAAACCCUUGAAGAGGUUUACCAAAAGAAUGAACAGUAAAACUAUCAAUAAAAACUGCUAUUUGAAACAUUCAAAGAGUAAUUAAAAUUCACAAUGAGCCUCGUUAAAACACCUGUCAACAUUCUACGUAUCUGAGUAGGCUUGCCUGACCAAAAGCUCUUUCAGCAUUCCUCACCUUCCCUUGCCUUUUUUUGGUUUUAGAAUUGCCCCCCACCCCACUCAUCCUCCACGAUUGAUUCAGAUCAGUUUGUUAAACAUGGAUGCCUCUGGGAAGCUCCAGGGCCAACCGGAAGGUGGGCGGAGAGACAGGGGACUCUUUUGUGUUCGGGCCCAGAGUCAGCAGAGGCCCCAAAACCUGCACUUUAUUUUUAAUUAUUUUAAAAAGCAAGUUUCUAGUCCUCAUAGAACAAAAGUUAUGAAGCAAAAUUUUCAGGUGCCACUUGAAGCGAUUGCUUUGUGAGGAAGGAGCCCGCUGCUGUGUUUUUAGACAAUGCGUAAAUUGACAGAUAAAACUGAUGCAGGGAAUUGGACUAGAUGACCCAGAUCCCUUCCAAUUCCAAAAUUCUAUGAUUCUGUCGAGAAAGAUCAGUCUUACACACGCACCAGGAAGACCUCAAAGCAGCUUCAAAAUGAACCAGGAAGUCCAGAUGAUGGAGAAAGGGCUUAAUGGUUUGUUUUGGGUCUUGCUUGGCAAGUCUGUAUCUUUCUCUAGAUUCAGACAGUGGAGAAGGGAUUGCCUAGUUUAUUUUGAAGCUGGUUUUUUUUUGGGGGGGUAAUCUUCCCUGAAAAUGAAAUUGUGGCCUGGAGAACAGAAUCCCUGUGACUUGAGCAAAAUUGUGUCCACCCAAAACCAAAAGUCAGGAGCAAAGACAGGCAGUCUUGCUGUUUCGAAUUCAGGUUUGAUUUCAUUCAGAUUUUCCAUUCAUAUAUGCAUGUUUAUUUCUUUUCUACCAACAUAUGCAUUUUAUGCACGCCUUCCCCUAAUAUAGGCAUCUUGCACACAUUAUUUGCUUGGAGAACUGAAUCCCAGGAUUUGGGGAAGUGUGAAUUUCAAAGGAUAGCCGAGUUUUGGUUUACCUUGCAUUUCGGGAAGUGCAGAUUAGGUGGGUUCCCCCUUAAAAUAGGAACCAACCCAAAUCUCUCUCCCUCUUCCCCACUCUGUCUUCAGAAGCAGCAGGGUGUUUGGAAACUGUCCAUCAUCACAAUUCUAUUUAGAACUUAAGAGUGUUUAAUCAGAUGAACACUUGCGUCCUGAUUGUGCGCAUGUUUUCUUAGGAGCAAGUGUAUACAAGAUUGAUGUCAAACAGGAAAAGUUGUCUUUCCUGUCUGUCUUUCAUCCUUGGACAUGGGAUUGUGGCUGUAAACUUAUGUGGACUUACUCUGGAGUAGGGAUGUGGGGGAAAUUUGAUUCAGAUCUCAUUUGAAGCUGUAUCAAUCAAACUCACACUAUCUGAAACAGUACCGGCAGUCCUGUAUAGGGAAGCUUUUAAUGUAUGAUGUUUUACUGUGUUUGGUGUUUUUUUUAUUUUUUAUUUAUUAAAUAUUUUAUUAAGGAUUUUCUUGUUUUACAGAAGUAAGUGUACUGCCUCGUAUAUAUAUUUUUUUCAUGUAACAUUUUUACAAAUCCAUUUCAUUUGUUGAGGCAUUAGGGGGGAGAAGAAAAAAAAAAAGGAAAAAAGAAAGGGGGGUGGAGGUGUUUAAAUUUGUUGGAAGCUGCCCAGAGUGGCUGCCCAGAUAGGUAGCACAACAACAACAACAACAAACAAAACACAGUUGUCCUUUGAAAUUUUCGUGUAGAGUGGUACCUCGGGUUACAGAUGCUUCAGGUUACAGGCUCCGCUAUCCCAGAAACAGUACCUCGGGUUAAGAACUUUGCUUCAGGAUGAGAACAGAAAUCGCGUGGCGGCAGCGCGGCGGCAGUGGGAGGCCCCAUUAGCUAAAGUGGUACCUCAGGUUAAGAACAGUUUCAGGUUAAGAACGGACCUCCAGAACGAAUUAAGUUCUUAACUUGAGGUACCACUGUAUCUGAAAUUAUUAUGCAGUUCACCAACCGAGAAAUGCUUACAAAAAUGCAUCUAUUAGGGGAAAUUGUGAGUAAAAAUGAAUACAUUGUGUUAGAGGAAAUUUGCUUGCAGAAUGUGUACAUUAAUUAAAACAGCAUAUAAAAAUGUGUUUAUUGGGAGAAAUUUGCAGUAGAAUGCUGAUGAAUUUUCCUGACAUGUUGCUGCAAAAUGUGGAGGCCUGAGUUUAAGACUGGAAAAAUGAGAACCCAGGAGAACUGAAAUGGACAGAUCCUUUCUGUCCUUACACUGGAGUAAACCCCACUGAAGUCUGUAGAAUUGCUUCUCCCCAAAAGGCUGAACAGCGACAGCAUCAUUUAUUUCCAGGGGGACGUACCAGAAGACAGGGAAUGCCCUUAAGAAUCUGGGGCAGGUGGCAUUCAUGGCAUGAAACAUUUGGAGAAUAGUAGGAAGAGCCAAAGCUCAGCGGUAGAGCUCAUGUUUUGCCUGGGGUCUCCAAGCUAGGUCUAGGAAUGCCGCCUUUCUGCAACGCUGGAGAGGUUUUAUUUUCACCCUUUUAGUUGAUGAGCUGUUUCACAAGCGUUUUGUUUCGGUUAACAUGCCCCAAUCUUCAUGGCAUCAGGUUGAUCAACUUGAUUUUUCAUUAUCUUUUGAGGAGCAUGCAUGACCUCUUUUUCGAAGCCAUAGCCUAUUCAAAACCUAAUCUUGUGUUGGUGGGGAGUCCAUCUGGAGUGGGUGACUUCCAACUUUUAAAAACACAUGCCAUUGUUGCUCAAGUUGCUUCCCAGUGCUGCUGCCAUUGGUUGCCACUGGGUGAUGUCACAGACAAGAUGAGCACCAAAGGGUUGGGUCUUAGUGGCAGGGGUCAGAGCAAGGAUAGCUGCAAAGCAGGGGAGCAAAGCAGGCGGAAGACAGAGAAAUGAGCCUGAGGGAAGGGUAAGUGGUGAAGGAGAAGAACUUGUGGCCGGACAGGGGAAAGAGCAAUUUAGCUUGGGGAGGUAGGCAAAGAGGAUGUGGGGGCCUGGGGAAAAGGCAUUUAAAAGGAUGAGCAAAGAAGGCAGAAAUAUUUGCCCUGUAGAUUUCUCCCCCCCCCCCCCACCGCAAAAAAACCCAGCAGGUUCUGGGUCUAUUCUGGAAAUGCUGCUGCCCUCCCUUCAGAAACCAUGUUUUAGGUGAGGAGGAUUUCUCCUCCUGCAGGAGUACAGUUUUUUUCAUCCAUUUGCGUAUAAAUUCAUGUUCUUUGUACUAUGCUGAUUUAUUUUUGCUUUGGAGAUAUGUGUGUUACUAAUCCUCCACACUGAGAGCUCGUUUUGGUUGCGAAGGCAGUUGCGGAUUCACCAAACAUAUAAGCAACAUUGUCCAGGGAUCUUCUCUGCAUCUCCACUCUGCUAAAUCCACCCAGAGAGUCCUGUGGGUGGCAUCUGAGAGGCUUGUGGUUUAGGGUUCCUGAGCUUUCCAUAGAGAAGUGCUGGAAGCAUAAGGGAGGCCUCUGGUAAAGGAGGCAUCUAACUACCCAAGAGCCAUGAUUUCUGUUGCCGUAAAUUGGCUGUCUUUAGGAUUCCGUAGGACAUUCCUUGGAUUCCCAAUGUGGUGCCCAUGGGCAUCAUGGCACCCUCGAACCCCCCCCCCCCAGCACAUGAGUAGGCACACUACAUCUCCCAAUUUGUAAAAAUUGGGUUUCAUUUAUUUUAUUUUUGUGGGUGGCACAGGGCUGGCUGGAAAGUGCAUAUAUACAGUCUUGUCCGGCCUCCUUACCUACUUUCUCCACAAUGCCUCUGGGCCCCACAUGCGAGUCUCCUUUGUUUUGUUGCAUGGUGUGUAUUUUGUUUGGUUUGGUUUUAUUUUGUUUGGUUUGUAGGUAUUGUUCCUUUAGGAUGAUUGUUCAGUUGAGGGGAGUGUUUGUUUUGGGGGUGGGUUGCCUGCUUUAUUGGGCUCUGUGUUACUUGCUUUGGAGGGUGUGUAGGGUUUUGUUUUGUUUUUAACCUAGGCUGAUCCACACUUACCUUUUGCCUCUAUUUUCGUGUACAGAGCCACACUUUAAAGCUCCGUAUAUAAUUGCUCUUUGUUUUGCUCUAGAGCUUUCCUAACAAUAAACUGUUCUUAGGUGCUCAAUCAGACCAAACAGCAAUUCGGGUUUUCCACAUGUAGCUGUUUGCUCUGAUUCAGCUUUAAAGAGCAAGUUUUUUAGGAAAAGCUCAGGAGCAAAAAAGAAAAAGGGAGCUCAGACACAGAACUUUAAGACUCGAACUGAGUCUGGAAAGAGCAGAGCAAAAGGUAAGUGUGAAAAACCCCUAGUUUUGUUGUGUGUCUUGCCUCUCCCAGUGUGGAUGUGUCUGAACACCACCACUUAUUUGUCUGUGAAAUGGGUAUUUUGUGCUGCCCAUGCCUGUUUCUUAGAUUUCCAAAUGUACCCCCAAGCCCCACAAAAGAGGUGAAGACCCCUGAGUCUUUGGGCCUCCAUUCAUUGAUAUAACAGCCUUUUACUGGAAUCCUUUUGUAAGCUGUAUUUUGAAUUAACAUGUUCUACAAUAUGUGGGAGAAUUGGGGCGGGGAGAGAGACUCACGUAGCUAAAGCUUUGAAAACAAACCCGUCCUUCUGUUUUUCAGAGAGAAUUCUGGAACUGAGUCGUUGCUCUUCUUGUGUGUCCUUGAUCUUACUGUGCCUAGAGACGCAGCUGUCAAAUGA